UUUCUCGUAGGUGCCAUGGCCGCAAGAAGCCAGGUAAAACAUCUUCAAGAGUCUGUUAUCUGUUCCAUUUGCCUGGCUUCUUUUAACGAUCCGGUGAUUCUCAUCAAGUGUGGGCACAAUUUCUGCCGAUCCUGCAUCACUCAGUACUGCACGGAGUCCGAAACCUCCCCCUGGUAUCUCUGCCCUCAGUGCAGAGAAGCCUUCCGGGAAGGGGAGUUCCAGGCUAACCGGGAGCUGAGGAAUGUCAUUGAAAUAGCCAAAAAUAUCCCAGAGCCAAGGGGGAAGAAAGUGUGUGAAAAACAUGAAGAGCUUUUGAAACUCUUCUGUGAAGUGGAUCAAACCCUGAUCUGUCUGGUCUUCAGAGAGUCCCACAGCAACAAGGACCACUCCCUGCUUCCUGUUGAGGAAGCUGCUCUACAUUACAAGGAACAAAUUCAGAGACAUUUGGAGAGUUUGAAAAAAGAGAGAGACGAGAUUCUGUCGUAUAAAUCGAGUGGGGAAAAUACAAGCCAGGAACUACUGAAACAGCUAAAAACUGAGAGGGAAAAGAUUGUGUUAGAAUUUCAGGAACUGCACCAGUUUCUGGAAGAACAAGAGCGACUCCUGCUGGCCCAUCUGGAAGAGCUGAAUAAGGAAAUUGAAAAGAGGAGGGAUGAGUAUGUUGCCAAACUAUCUGAGGAACUAUCCUCUUUCAGUUCCCUGAUCAGUGAGAUGGAACAGAAGUGCCAGCUGCCAGCAAGUGAAUUCCUGCAGGACAUCAAAGGCACCUUGAGCAGAUGCGAGAGGGAGAAGUUUCAGAACCCAGUGGCCUUUUCUUCUGAACUGAAAUGGAGAAUCUGGGAAUCUUCUCAAAGAAAUGCAUCUCUGGAGACCAGAAUGAAGGAAUUCACAGACUCACUGUCAUCUAGACAGCGGUUGGACAAAGCGAACGUGACUCUGGAUCCAGACACGGCCCAUCCCCGACUCAUCGUGUCUGCGGAUCGGAGAAGUGUAAGAUGGGGAGUCACGCGGCAGGACCUGCCCGACAACCCUGAGAGCUUUGACACUGUGUCCUGUGUGCUGGGCUGUGAGGGAUUCACCUCGGGCCGACACUACUGGGAGGUGGAGGUGGAGGUGGGGAGCGGGGGAGUCUGUGAUGUGGGGGUGGCCAGAGAGUCUGUGAGCAGGAAGGGAGGGAUCAGCCCAAACCCUGAGCAGGGGAUCUGGGCUGUGAUGUGCUGGGAGGAUCAGUACUGGGCUCUCACGUCCUCCGGGCAGAGCAUCCCCUUGUCCCCGAGCCAGGCACCCUGCAGGAUCCGGGUGUAUCUGGACUAUGAACGGGGGCAGGUGGCGUUUUUCGAUGCUGGUACCGGGGACCCGAUCGUCACUUUCCCGCCGGCCUCUUUCGCCGGGGAGAGAAUCCGCCCGUUCUUCCUCUGUGCUGUUGGGAGUGUGCGGCUCCUCUAGCCCCCACCCUCCUUAUCUCUAUGGCCUGGAGGACUCAGCCUCCCCCCUUGCACAGACAGGGCUUUAGGGGGGU